UUCACUUGCAGUAUAAAUAUGUCCGCAUUCAUUUCUCGAAAUGGUUUAGCCGCCACACUUUGCGAUUUCCAUUAUUUCCUACAGUGAGAAGAUGAAGCUGUCCAUCGUGGUUGUAGUAUUGGUGACUUGUUCUGUGUUGGUGCAGCAGUCGGACGCAUGGCUGUUCUGGAAGAAAGGCGCGAGACUGUCGCAGCGGGGCUUUGACGGCGCCACACCCGACGAGGUGGCCAAGGCGCGGACGAUGUUCAAGGAGAUGGACGAUGCUGUCAAAAGUGGUAAUGCUGCAGGUGACAAUGCUGCAGCUGGUAAUGCUGCAGGUGGUAAUGCUGCAGGUGGUAAUGCUGCAGGUGGUAAUGCUGCAGGUGGUGAUACCACUAGACUAAAGUCCAAUGUGUCAUGCUGCAGGUGGAAGGGGCGCCGUAAAACGAGCUUUCGAGAAUCUGGAAGAUCAGCUGGAGGAAUAAGAAGGCCCUAAGAGAUGGGAGAGAAUCUGUGGACAUAUUUAUACUAAGAUGAUCAGGCGGCGAGAGAACAAAAUUCGUGGUGUCACAGUUUUAAAAGUAUUUACAGAAGUCAAUUUCUAAUCAAACUGCAGAUGUCUAAAAUUUGUAGAAGCCAAUAAAAAUGAAGUUCACAAUU